GGAAGCAGAUGGCAUGACCAUGGUAUGAUUUCUAACCAGCAUAAUGCUGGAGCAGGGGGCUGCCAGGCUGCAGUUUCCAGAAUGGCCGAGCUGGAUGCCGAUUUGGAUCACAUCCUCCCGUCUUCCAUUCUUGCUCCUUUCCGGGCUAAGUUAGUGGUGGGAUUUGUUUCCCUCGUGUGUUUUGCACGGAGCUACGACGGUGAUUUUGUCUUUGACGACUCCGAAGCUAUUGUUAACAAUAAGGACCUCCAAGCAGAAACGCCCCUGGGGGACCUGUGGCAUCAUGACUUCUGGGGCAGCAGACUCAGCAGCAACACCAGCCACAAGUCCUACCGGCCUCUCACCGUCCUUACGUUCAGGAUCAACUACUAUCUGUCAGGAGGCUUCCACCCUGUGAGCUUUCAUGUGGUCAACAUCCUCCUGCAUGGUGGCAUCUCUGUCCUCAUGGUGGACGUCUUCUCGGUGCUGUUUGGCGGCCUGCAGUACACCAGCAAAGGCCGGAGGGUGCACCUGGCCCCCAGGGCGUCCCUGCUGGCUGCGCUGCUGUUUGCUGUCCAUCCUGUGCACACUGAGUGUGUUGCUGGUGUUGUCGGCCGCGCAGACCUCCUGUGUGCCCUGUUCUUCUUGUUAUCUUUCCUUGGCUACUGCAAGGCAUUUAGAGAAACAGGUAACAAGGAGGGUUCGCCUUCUUCUACCUUCUGGGUGCUGCUGAGUAUUCUCCUGGGAGCAGUGGCAAUGCUGUGCAAGGAACAAGGGAUCACUGUGCUGGGUUUGAAUGCGGUAUUUGACAUCUUGGUGAUAGGCAAAUUCAAUGUUCUGGAAAUUGUUCAGAAGGUACUACAUAAGGACAAGUCAUUAGAGAACAUCAGCAUGCUCAGGAAUGGGGGCCUUCUCUUCAGGGUGACUCUCCUCACCUUGGGAGGGGCUGGGAUGCUCUACACGCGCUGGAAAAUCAUGGGCACUGGCCCGCCGGCCUUCACUGAGGUGGACAACCCGGCCUCCUUUGCCGACAAUGUAUUGGUGAGGGCCAUAAACUAUAAUUACUACUAUUCAUUGAAUGCCUGGCUGCUGCUGUGUCCCUGGUGGCUGUGUUUUGAUUGGUCAAUGGGCUGCAUCCCCCUCAUUAAGUCCGUCAGUGACUGGAGGGUAAUUGCACUCGCAGCACUCUGGUUCUGCCUAAUUGGCCUAAUAUGCCAAGCCCUGUACUCUGAGGACGGCCACAAGAGAAGGAUCCUGACCCUGGGCCUGGGAUUUCUUGUUAUCCCAUUUCUUCCUGCUAGUAACCUGUUCUUCCGAGUGGGCUUUGUGGUUGCCGAGCGAGUCCUCUACUUGCCUAGUAUGGGGUACUGCGUGCUGCUGACCUUCGGAUUUAGAGUCCUGAGCAAACACACUAAGAAAAAGAAACUAAUUGCUGCUGUCGUCCUGGGGAUUUUGUUCAUAAAUGUGCUGAGAUGCGUAGUUCGCAGUGGCCAGUGGCGAAGUGAAGAUCAGCUCUUUAGAAGUGCCCUGUCUGUGUGUCCCCUCAACGCUAAGGUUCACUACAACAUUGGCAAAAACCUUGCUGAUAAAGGCAAUCAAACAGCUGCCAUCAGAUAUUACCGGGAGGCUGUAAGGCUAAAUCCCAAGUAUGUCCAUGCCAUGAAUAACCUUGGAAAUAUCUUGAAAGAAAGGAAUGAGCUACAGGAAGCCGAGGAGCUGCUGUCUUUGGCCGUACAGAUACAGCCAGACUUUGCUGCCGCGUGGAUGAAUUUAGGCAUUGUGCAGAACAGCCUGAAACGGUUUGAAGCAGCAGAGCAAAGUUACCGGACAGCAAUUAAACACAGGAGGAAAUACCCGGAUUGUUACUACAACCUCGGGCGUCUGUAUGCAGAUUUAAAUCGUCAUGUGGAUGCAUUGAAUGCAUGGAGGAAUGCCACCGUGCUCAAACCAGAGCACAGUUUGGCCUGGAACAACAUGAUUAUACUCCUCGAUAAUACAGGUAAUUUAGCCCAAGCUGAAGCAGUUGGAAGAGAGGCACUGGAAUUAAUACCUAAUGAUCACUCUCUUAUGUUCUCGCUGGCAAACGUGCUGGGGAAAUCCCAGAAAUACAAGGAAUCGGAAGCUUUAUUCCUCAAGGCAAUUAAAGCGAAUCCAAAUGCUGCAAGUUACCAUGGAAAUUUGGCUGUGCUCUAUCAUCGCUGGGGACAUCUAGACAUGGCCAAGAAACACUACGAAAUCUCCUUGCAGCUUGAUCCCACAGCUGCAGGAACCAAGGAGAAUUACGGUCUUCUAAGAAGAAAGCUAGAACAAAUGCGAAAGAAAGACGCCUGAUCCUUCUUCCUUGGUUUUCCGAGUUUGUGCGUGUGUGUGCAUGAGGUGUGUUAUUCCUAUCAUGUGGUUACAUUUAACCAUUUAAAAGUCCUAGACAUGUUAUUUAUUUUACUGUGGUUUUUUCUAUGAAAACAAAGACAUGCAAAAAGAUUACAGCACCAGCAAUAUACUCUUGAAUGCUUGAUAUGAUUUUUGCAUUGAAAUUGUAUUUUUUCAGACAACUCAAAUGUAAUUCUAAGAUUCCAAAAGUAGUCUUUUUUAAUUAAACAGAAAAAGAGAAAAAAUUAUCUAGAGCAACUUGUAGCAGAAUUAAAACUGCAUAUGGGAUAUGAGCCUUGCUGUGUAUGAGCUAGCACUAUUAAACUUCAAUUGUGACCAAGAAAGGACAGAUUGAUUCCUAUAACUUAUAUAAAUGUCAAAUGUGUCUGUAUAUUAGCAUUUUUAUUUAAUGACAAGAAAGAGAAAAUUAAGAUUCUUGUUUUUUAAUCUCUUUUUUUAAAAACAAUAUACUGUGAACUUCAUUUGUAAGGAAAUAUUUAUUUGUAUUAUGUUUGGACUAGAGCGGAUAAUUGAAUGAAUAAUGGAAAUUUUAACAUCUGGUAUAGCUAUAUGCUUUUCCCCCAGAAGAAAAAUUACUCCGGCAAUAUUUUUUUCGGGGGGGGGGGAUUCUCCAACUUGUGCAGUUUCAAUACAUAGGAGAUUAUGUCAUAUUCUAGACAAACUGUCACUAUCAAUAGAGAACUCAAGCCAUGCUUCAGGCAAGAAGGGUCAGCCUGAUCUGUGUAUUUUUGUUACAUCUAGUGUUAAGAGAGUGACACAUCUAUGUAAGUUGCUUUUUUUAUGUUUUUAAAUGCAAAGCAGUUUUCCACUUUGCCUAAUGGAACUACAGAUUUUCUUCAGAAAAUGCAAAGGGAGCAACAUUUGGGGAGUUUGGUCUUUUUGAGAAUUGGGUUAUUUUUCCUGCUUUAUUUGAUCCAAUCAUGUUUAUUUGUUUUGUUUUAUUCUCUAUACGCAUUGAUCUAAUAAUUUAUGCAAUCUCUGUCAUUUCUUAUGCAGUAAAAUUAUUACACAAACUA